AUGGAGGAGGUGACCAUAUUGAGGCGCGGCGAAGAGUUGAAUCCUAAGAGGUUGAUGCCUGAUAGUCAGCCGUCGCAGGAUCCCCAAUCGUCCAAGGACUCCAAAUCGUCAAAGGAUUAUCUUCCAUCUCGGAUUCCUAAAUCGUCCAACGAUUGUCUGCCAGCGCAGGAACCCCAACGGCCGAAGAAACGUCAGCCGUCGCGGGUUCCUAAAUUGUUCCACGACUCCCAGCCUUCUUGCAAUCCUCAUUCAUCGGCAUACAGCAGACCGGCGGAAAGUCGUCAUGUUUCAAUUAAGGAGGUGGAAGCAGCCAGCGGUAAUGAUUUGGCCCUGUGUGCCACGGACAGGUUGGGUCCCAAUCCAGAAGCAGUUCCCCUCCCAUACGCCGGCUCAGUUUUCCUCAAUUCCCCGUCACCGGGAUCUCUUCCAUUUCCCACGUCCUUCUUGAAGAAGAACGUCGUGAAUACCACCGACCUGGCGACCAAGGGCCUUAGGUACAUGCUGCGGCUUGAUCUGCCAUGA